CCCCGGAAAUGAGGGCUCGGUGUCUCUGGAUGGCUGCGGAGCGAGUGGAGCGGGGUGUUCGGAAGUCUCGGUAGCGAACGCUUCGUAGAUGCUGCGCUCACUCCACCCGCUGGGCUGGUUCUGGUUGUGGGUGCUGCACUUGGCGGGGCAACCCUCCCCUGCCGCCGGGAAAGAGGUCGACGUCGCCCACUAUAGAGAGCGAGUCAAGUCCAUGUUUUAUCAUGCUUAUGAUAACUAUCUGGUAAAUGCCUUUCCGUAUGAUGAGCUGCGUCCUCUGACAUGCGACGGGCAGGACACUUGGGGAAGUUUUUCUCUCACAUUGAUUGAUGCUCUAGAUACACUACUAAUUUUGGGGAAUGUCUCUGAAUUCCAGAGAGUUGUUAGUGUGUUGCAGGAGGGCAUAAAUUUUGAUAUUGAUGUAAAUGCUUCUGUCUUUGAAACCAAUAUCAGAGUGGUUGGUGGCCUCCUGUCUGCUCACUUGCUGUCAAAGAAGGCUGGCGUUAAAGUAGAAGCAGGAUGGCCAUGCUCUGGCCCUCUCUUGAGGAUGGCAGAGGAUGCUGCUCGAAAACUUUUGCCAGCCUUUCAGACUCCAACUGGCAUGCCAUAUGGGACAGUAAAUUUACUACAUGGAGUAAAUCCUGGAGAGACACCAGUUACUUGUACUGCUGGUAUUGGUACAUUUAUAGUGGAAUUUGCUACCUUAAGUUAUCUUACAGGGGACACAAUAUUUGAAGAUGUUGCCAGAAGGGCUCUUAAGACCCUCUGGAAAAAUCGUUCUGAUAUCGGUUUGGUAGGUAAUCACAUUGAUGUAGUAACUGCCAAAUGGGUGGCCCAGGAUGCUGGGAUUGGAGCAGGAGUAGAUUCCUACUUUGAAUACCUUGUUAAAGGGGCCAUUCUGCUGCAGGAUGAGGAGUUGAUGUCCAUGUUUCUAGAUUAUAACAAAGCUAUAAAAAACUACACAAAAUUUGAUGAUUGGUAUCUGUGGGUUCAAAUGUACAAAGGAACUGUAUCGAUGCCAGUUUUUCAGUCUUUGGAGGCUUACUGGCCUGGCUUACAGAGCCUUAUUGGAGACAUAGAGAGUGCAAUGCGAACAUUUCUCAAUUAUUACACUGUUUGGAAGCAGUUUGGUGGGCUUCCUGAGUUCUACAAUAUCCCUCAGGGCUACACAGUGGAAAAGCGUGAAGGGUACCCACUUCGACCUGAACUAAUAGAGAGUGCAAUGUAUCUGUAUCGAGCUACACAAGAUCCAACACUUUUGGAGCUGGGCAGAGAUGUGGUGGAGUCAAUAGAAAAAAUCAGCAAAGUUGAAUGUGGCUUUGCAACAAUCAAAGACCUAAGGGAUCAUAGAUUAGAUAACCGGAUGGAGUCUUUCUUCCUGGCUGAAACAGUGAAAUAUUUGUAUCUACUGUUUGACCCUGACAACUUCAUUCACAACAAUGGAUCAUCCUUUGACGUCUUGCUGACACCAUAUGGAGAAUGCAUUCUUGAUGCUGGUGGAUAUAUCUUCAAUACAGAAGCCCAUCCUAUAGAUCCUGCUGCCUUGCACUGUUGCCGGAACCAAAAGGAAGAGCAGUGGGAGAUCGAAAACUUAAUGAGGGAGUUCUAUUCUCUGAAUAAAAGUAAGAAGUUUACUUUCACAAGAACUUCAGAUAAAAUGGGGAAAAGACAAAAAGAUUCCACUGAUACUUCCUCUGAAGAUUACAAAAGGCAAGCAAGCUCAGACCAGAAAGAAAAAAGGACGGUCCCAUUACUGAGCUGCCCCAGUCAGCCAUUCAACUCAAAACUAGCUGUUAUGGGACAGGUCUUCUUUGACAAUGCAUGAUUUCUUUGCUGAAAUUCAGAUGUGUGGAAGUCAGUAAAGUUGAAUUUUAUUUGCACUUUUGGUCACUUUCCCUGGGAAUACACAACAUCAUGCUACAGGACAAUGUAGUUCCUCAAAGUAGGGUGCAUUUUGUUGACGUGGAUUUUGGAAAGCAAAAGUAUUUGAAAAUGAAAAAUUAGUUAUCGUGUUCUCUGGUUUUACUAGGCCCUGAUUCCUCCUGCAUUCCUUGUUUUUAACCUUUUUCUGAACCAAGGAAAAUAAAAGACAAAGCUGUCUGGGUUAUGGGUAUCUGGCUGCAAGAUGAGCACUGUGUUGGUGUUGUUUAAAAACUUACCACGGGCUAUUUCAUUCACAUUUGAGUUAUGAUAACAAGGGAGAUUUUUCAGUGAUGCUCAGUCAAUUAUGGAUCCAAUUUCUCUGAACAGAAUGAUUCCUUCCUUGAACAGGUGGCACUGAAUCCAGCAGAGGUAUCUGACUGAAGGAAGAGGGCUAAGGAGACAAGCUUCACUAGUUUUCUUUCUCCUUAUAUCACCCCUUAGGGAAACAGAGCUGCAGGAGAAAGAGAAAUUACAAGGGGCUGCAAGAGUGAAAAGAAAUUGCAAGACUGCUGCUUCGUACAUAUGCAGGAAAAUAUUUAAAAAUUCAGCUAACACUGUCUUUUCCACUUCUCUCCUCAUAUUUCUUCUGUCACAAUAUUGGAGACUGGUUUUUAUAUUUUUGGCCAAUGUUUACUGCUUAAAUUAUAAAUGAGUGCUGAAAGGGCUGGAAACCCUGGAAUACUUCAAAAUGUGAUGUUUCUUGUUGGCAAUUCACCUAGGAUGAUUUUCCUUUGGAAAAAUCAUAAAAGCUCCUAUGUUAUGAGUAGAGUGAUUCUAAUUACAUAGAAUGAAUUUGUGUUUGCCUUUUCAUUCUACCAAUAUAUUAUUGAUAUUUGUACUUGUAUCAAUAUAAAGGAGCAAUUACGGCUGAUAUUGUUAAGAACCUACCUCUUGGAAUUUGAGAAUGGAUGUUCUGGCAAAAUUUGGGAGAGAUUAUCUGUGAGAUUCUAGGAUCUCUUCCUUCAUGAAAUGCCAUUAAAGGACUGCCAAAAUGG